CUUCCUUUCUACUUUGCAAAUGCUGACCUGAUAUUUCCUCUCUGUUCCUCUCUCAGAGCUGCACCAGUGCAAUGCCCAGGCUGCAACAUUAACACGCUAAUUCUCCCAUUUUCACAACCCUUUCGUGGGGCGACUUGCCUUCAUUUUUUACUCUCCUUUCUUUUCUUUUCUUGAGCUAACUGCAGCGUUUUUUUGGACAUGCCUAACAUCGUGCUUUUUAGCGGGAGCUCGCACCACGACCUGUCCCAGAAAGUGGCUGAUCGUCUGGGGCUGGAGCUGGGCAAAGUCAUCACCAAGAAGUUCAGCAACCAGGAGACAUGCGUAGAGAUCGGUGAGAGCGUGCGCGGCGAGGACGUCUACAUCGUGCAGAGCGGCUGCGGCGAAAUCAACGACAACCUGAUGGAGCUCCUCAUCAUGAUCAACGCCUGCAAGAUCGCCUCGUCGUCCCGCGUCACCGCCGUCAUCCCCUGCUUCCCGUACGCACGGCAGGACAAAAAAGACAAGAGCAGAGCACCCAUAUCAGCCAAGCUGGUGGCCAACAUGUUGUCGGUGGCCGGCGCCGACCACAUCAUCACCAUGGACCUCCACGCCUCACAGAUCCAGGGCUUUUUUGACAUCGCUGUGGACAACCUUUACGCAGAGCCCGCUGUCCUGCAGUGGAUCAGAGAAAACAUUCCUGAGUGGAAAAACUGCAUCAUCGUGUCUCCUGACGCUGGCGGAGCAAAACGUGUGACGUCCAUCGCCGACCGUCUCAACGUGGACUUUGCUCUCAUCCACAAAGAGAGGAAGAAGGCCAACGAGGUGGACCGCAUGGUGCUGGUGGGAGACGUGAAGGACCGCGUGGCCAUCCUGGUGGACGACAUGGCCGACACCUGCGGCACCAUCUGCCACGCCGCCGACAAGCUGAUCGAUGCCGGGGCGGUAAAGGUCUACGCCAUCCUCACACACGGCAUCUUCUCCGGUCCGGCCAUCUCUCGCAUCAACAGCGCGCCGUUCGAGGCGGUGGUGGUGACCAACACCAUCCCACAGGAGGAGAAGAUGAAGGCGUGCCCCAAAAUACAGGUCAUCGACAUUUCCAUGAUCCUGGCGGAGGCGAUCAGGAGAACCCACAACGGCGAGUCCGUGUCCUACCUCUUCAGCCACGUUCCCUUAUAAAGAAGGAGAGCGGGCGAGCGGCCCCCGGCCUCUCUCUCUCUCUCUCUCUCUCUCUCUCUCUCUCUCCCCUGCGUCGGGGCACUUUUUGCCACAUUUCCUCCAGAAAAGGCUCAAAAAAAGGCUUUCUGGUUUUUGGCCAUGUGACUGUUUAGAAGGUCACGCCCACACAUUCUUUGACAUUUUCACCCAGGAGACGGAGAGAAGACCAAGUUUGUAUUUAUGAGUAUCUCAUUCUUUUUUCUUUUUUUUUCAUUUUCUCCCUCAUGUUUCGGUCUUACCGACCUCGAUCGCCCGAGGCCCGGCCUUCACUUUAACCAAAGGCUCCAUUAUGUCACAAUUAUGUAUUAUUUUUUACCUCAUAUUGAACUUUAAAUGAAGCAUUCCACCGUGUCAUGUGAUUAGAAUUAUUUUGGCUUUUUCUGCUUCACAAAAAAAAAGAGAAAAAAAAGCACCUUUUUGCCCCAGAGUGUUUGCUUUAACCGCUGCUAAAAGUAUUAAAAAUAAAUCUAGCUGAUGCUGUAUUGAUUGUAUGCUUCGUGCUAUCAUUGGGCCACAGGACACAAAUAAAAACACUUUUUUUUGUGAGUGUCAUGAAUGUGCUGGUGCAUCUCUGCAGUGUAGUCUCUCCCACAAUAAGCUGCUGUCACCCAGUGGUGGCUCAUCUGUACGACAACCCUCUCCUUCAUAAUUGUGCUGAACAGCUCUAAUAUUAAGUAACAACUUUCCAAACUGUCCGACAGCUCUGUAGUUGAUUUAAAGUGUCUGAUGCGAGGUGUAGCUGGGUGUUUUUACCCACGUUCCAAAAGGUCAUGAGUUAAAAAUUGAGCCUGAAGCUUGUUAUAGUGUUGAUUUCACGUCAUCACAGCUGUAACGGGUCACUUGUGUUUGAAUGAGGCAGGUUUCACUGUUUGCCUGUAGGUGGAUUUAAAAACAAACAAAAAAAAGUUGGAAAAGUGUGAUUUAAUUUUUUUUUUUUUUAUAUGUAACACUUCAAGCUGUAUCUUUGACAAUAAAGCCCUGACAAUGGCUUAAA